GAAUCGUUCAUUGGCCUGAUACAAGUCCUAUAAAAUAAAUACAAUAUUUAAGUUAAUCAUACAGAUUAAGCUGGCAAAAUGAAAGAUAUUUUGGUAGAACUGUCCGAUGCAGAUAUGGAAAAACUAGCCAAAAUCUACGAAAACCACAAGACAGAAUUGCCCCACUUGUACAGUUUUUUUUGCAACUGUCUGAAGGCUAAAAAAAUAGGUAUGACGGAUUUUGUGAGGGUUUAUACACUUGACGAUGAUUCUUGGCAAGUGGAUGGCACUUUUAUCGCUUCAAUGCCGAAUCACGGUCACGACAUAGUCCUACACAGCUUAGACUCAACUGGAAAAAACUUAAUGGAAGCCCUCACAAAAACCAAUAGAUUCAAAUAUCUUGAAGAUCCUGCUAGAAAUUUCACCCUUUUCUAUGCGGUGCACGAGAAUUUUUAUCCAAAAAUCAGGCAACUGCUGGCAGAACAAAAACACAAAUUACAUGAAGACGAGUUUUUUGAUGAAACUUUAAGUCUGUGGGUUUUGGAAAAGGAAAAAGCUCCAAAAAUUCCUUUGGAUAACCAGGAUGUAUAUGUUAAACAUUUACAGCCACAAGAUUUAAGAAUUAUCAAUGAAAACUGGAAAAUACGCUAUCCAGAAUCGGAACAAAAGUUCUUGGAUUUCAUUAAAUUGAGCCCGAGCCCAGGCUCGGGAGUUUAUCUUAAAUCUAACAACCAACUGGUUUCAUGGGUGGUCUCUUCUUGUUUCGGUCAAAUGACUGCUCUGCAAACUUUGAAACAGCACAAAAAGAAAGGCUAUGGUAGUUUGGUUGUAAAGCACAUGGCAAACAGUUUGGCCGAAGCAGGUUUCGACUGUUGUGGUUCAGUUCACCUUGGGAACGCAGCUUCAGAAGGGUUGAUUACUAAACUAGGCUUUAGGAAAUUAUUCAAGUGUCAAUACAUAGCUGUAUAUAAUAAAUAUUGAUGCUCACUUACCUC